AAAACCUUAUGCAAGUCUUCCAUCCUCUCCGGUGUCGCGUCCUCGCGCGUCCACUCAUUCUCAGUCGCUCGCUAACUACACAACCGAAACCAAAACCGCCCAUAACAGAGCUCAUUAAAGCCGAUAUCGCCGAUGCCCAAACGCGCGGAAUCCUCCAACCUCCACCCGCUGGCUCAGGCCCGCUGAAAACCCUCGUACACACCUCGAUGGAGCUCCUCAAGUUCUACUUUCGCGGUGGGAGGGAGAUAUUCCGGCGGCAGAGGAGUCUAGUAGAUACCCCAUCGACGCGAAGGGAAUGGCGGAUGCUGAGGACGCAAAAGAAAGACGUGUUGAAGGUGGUGCCGUUCCUAAUUACAGCGGUGUUCCUGGAGGAGCUGAUCCCAGUGAUGGUGCUAUAUGCGCCUGCGAUGCUGCCGUCAACGUGUAUCCUCCCUGGGCAGUUGAGACGAAUCCGGGACAAGAAGGUGCAGAAGGCCCGGGAAGCGCUCCCGAUGCUCCGGGCGGCGCAUGAGUACCUAGAAGCCUUCAAGGAGGGCCCGUUCCCGUUUAGAAAAGAAGAUAUCAAUGAAGAGGUGGAUAUGGACUUGUUAGUGGAGGAAGCUAAGACGCGCGCCCGGUUCUGGACGGAUGGGGACCGGCGGCGAGCCGUGUACAGUCUGUACGGACUCUCCCGCGUUGGCAUACAGCUCUGGCCCUGGAUUCGCAUCGGCUGGCAUAUGGAUUUCUUGGGGAGCGACGACGCCUGGCUGACAAAGGAAGGUGUACAGGCACUCUCUGACGACGAAGUCAGAGAAGCCGUUGUCGAGCGUGGCCUUGGCUUCGUGCAGGAGGCUGAAGCUAGGAAGUUGUUGCAAUGGUGGCUGCGUGAAGUCGGUGACAGCGAUAGAAAUUCCAGGCUGAGGGCAUCCGUAGCCUUCGCUGCGCUAUACAAAUAGUAGACGAAUAAUGUCUAUACAAUGGUAAUCCUACG